AUGGAGUCGCUAGCAGAGACGCCAUGGGAUGUGACAAUCUCUGGUACUGGACUCGCGCAGUCACUUCUAGCACUAGCCCUUUCUCGCUCAGGGAAGAAGGUCAUCCAUGUUGACCGGAACCCAUAUUAUGGAGGAUCGGAGGCCGCGCUUAGUCUGCAAGAAGCACAGGAAUGGGUUAGCAGGGUAAACCAAGAACCUGAUAACUUCCCCUUUGAAGAUGCAGCCAUUCACUGCCCGGAUGGAACUCGCUUGUCAGCUUCCCGGACGUAUACGCUGUCACUCUCGCCGCAGCUCAUCUAUUCCCGCUCUCGGCUAGUUCCUACUUUGGUAUCUUCCAAGGUUUACCGCCAGCUAGAGUUCCAGGCUGUUGGGAGCUGGUGGAUUCACAGAGCUCCAUCGAGCUUAGCCAAGAGCGAGGAUACCGCUGGCGGUCGAGCCUUGUUCCGAGUACCAGGUAGUCGUGAGGAUGUCUUCGCAGAUGACACGAUAACUGUCAAAUCUAAAAGGACUUUAAUGAGGUUUCUUCGUCAUAUUGGGAAGCCUCAGGAAGAUGACGAAGCUGGCGUCGAGGAAGACGAUCUAUCUCUCCCAGAAUACCUGAGCUCCAAGUUUCAGAUGCCUUCUGAACUUCACGACCCCCUACUUUCUCUAUCAUUAUCGCAGGCUGCCCUCCAGCAGACGUCGGUCGAGUAUGCAGUCCCUCGCAUCAAAAGACAUUUGGCAUCUAUUGGCGUAUUUGGUCCUGGGUUUGGAGCACUGUUAGCGAAAUGGGGUGGUGGCGCCGAGGUUUCUCAAGUGGGUUGCCGAGCACUUGCUGUGGGAGGUGGCAUCUAUGUCUUGAAUGCUGGCAUCAAUUCUAUUACAUCCAUCACUGAGGCUAGGGACGAUAACCAGGCGCUUGCCGAAGUGCAUCUGUCGAACGGCGAGACAAUCAAAACCAAAUUUGUGGUUGGCUCUCAUUGGGAUCUUCCCAGUCAAAACCGCCCUUCUUGUGACAAAGUGGCUCGGUCGAUCACGGUUGUCUCCUCCCCGCUUGAGAACCUUUUCCCGAUCACAGUCGAAGGCAGCCCUGUUCCUGCAGGUGCUGUCGUGGUAUUCCCAGGAGCCUCUUUGGGCCGGGGGGAUGAUUCGUCCCCGGUCUAUAUUCUGGCUCAUUCUAGUGACACUGGCGAGUGCCCGUCGGGACAAAGUGUUCUGUAUAGCAGUGUCAGCGUUGCUGGGGCUGAAGGGCAAUCUUUAAUCGAAGAAGCGAUCAAUAAACUUCUUGGGUCUAGUGAUGCAGGUGCAACUGUCCUAUGGUCUCUGCGUUACACACAAUUAGGCAAAGCUAGUAAUAGCUCUAGGACAGGGACCCCUUCGCUCAACCGCCUCUCUGAAAAUGUCAUUUGCUUUCCUCCCGGUAACCUCGAUCUUGCUUUUGACGAUGCUAUGAUCGACAUGGUGAAGGAGGCGUGGAAGCUGGUCAUGGGUGGAGAGGUUGACGAAGACACGUUUAUGGAAUUCGAAGAUCGCGAAGGUGCCUAUAAUGAGGAAUGA